AUGACAAAGAUCAACACGGAUCACGCCACCGACCACGGAUAUUAUUUACCACAUCACGGCGUGACCAAGGAAUCGAGCGACACCACCAAGCUACGGGUUGUGUUCGACGGCUCAGCUUCAAGUACCACGGGAGUGUCUCUAAACGACGCCCUUCAUACGGGUCCGAAAUUACAAGAAGACCUGAGGAACAUCCUAUUGAGAUUCCGGUCAUUUCAAUAUGUCCUUACCGGCGACAUCGAGAAGAUGUACCGCCAAUUCCUCCUACGUCCAGAAGAUCGUCCCUACCAAAAGAUUCUGUGGCGUGCCGACAACGGAGAGAUCGAAACUUACCGACUCAACACCGUAACGUUCGGUCUAUCCGCAGCCCCGUAUCUGGCCAUCCGAUGUCUCAAACAGUUGGCAGAGGACGAGGGACCUCGAUUUCCGAGAGCAGCGCAGAUCCUACGGCGAGACUUCUAUGUCGACGAUGCGUUGACCGGAGCCGAUACGAAGGACGAAGCCCUAUCAAUCAGGAAUGAUCUCACGAGAUUACUUAAGCUAGCCGGUCUAAAUAUCCGCAAAUGGGCCUCAAACGAUCGGGAUCUGCUGAGAGGGCUACCUGAGGAAGACACCAAGCAGAAAUUACAUCUCGGUGAGUCAUCCACGUUAAAAACACACGGCGUCUUUUGGGAUUCAGCCGACGAUACCAUACUAUAUUCGGUCAAGACGAACAGUGACACUUCCCGAAUCACAAAGCGAUCAAUCAGCUCAGUCAUCGCACAAAUAUAUGAUCCACUAGGAUUGCUCGCGCCGGUAAUCGUUCGAGCAAAAAUGAUUUUGCAACAAGUCUGGACAUUGAAGGUAGAUUGGGACGAAUCCCUUCCGUCAGACGUACACACAGCAUGGAUCAAAUACCACACCCAAUUGCCGUUGUUAAAUGCGGUAAGGUUCCCUCGGAAGACCAUCCUAGAAUCCGCAACGAAAAUUGAGCUCCACGGAUUCUGUGACGCUAGCGAAAGGGCAUAUGGGGCGUGCGUCUACGUGCGGACGACUGACCGAAAGAACAAUAUUUGGACUCGACUCCUCACGGCGCGGUCGAAGGUAGCGCCGCUCAAAUCGCUCUCCAUACCACGUCUCGAAUUAAGUGGGACACUUAUUUUGACGUCCUUGAUUUCGUCAAUACAACAGGCCCUGACGACCAAGAUAUCGCGGAUAGUCUACUGGACUGACUCCACCAUCGUACUCCAUUGGAUCAGGUCUUCGCCGCACACCUUGAAAACAUUUGUGGCGAAUCGAGUCGCUGAGAUACAGACCAAGACCAAUAUCUCCGACUGGCGUCAUGUGCCUACCGACGAUAAUCCAGCGGAUCUCAUCUCCCGAGGCCAGACGCCCAAGGAAUUCCUAUGUCCGUCCAUUUGGAAAAACGGGCCAAGGUGGCUCCUGCAAAGCGAAAGCUAUUGGCCGGUUUGGAGCCCGAUACCGGUAGUCGACCUCCCGGAGCAAAAGAAGACGAUCUGUCUGAGGACGAGUGUUAACGACAACACUCUCCUCCAUCGCUACUCGUCUUGGCCAAGACUAAUAAGAAUCGUCGCCCGGUGUCUUCGAUGGAGACAUAAGCAACACCGAACUGCCCAUCUCACCACAGACGAACUGACCGCAGCGCACAACAGGCUAAUAAAAAUCUUACAAUCCCAGCAUUUCGCGCCUGAAAUUCGGAUCCUCCAAAAAAAUCGAAGCGAGGACGUUGGAGGGAAACUACAGCCAUUAAACCCCUUCCUCGACGAAGAUGGGCUACUCCGGGUAGGAGGGCGACUAACCAACUCCGCCAUACCCUUCAGCCAAAAACACCCGAUCAUCCUACCGAAAUCCCCGGUGACAGAGCUAAUUAUAGAACAAGAGCACCGGAACAAUCAUCACACAGGGACCCAAGCUACCCUAUACGCGAUGAGACUGCGCUAUUGA